CCUCGUUAAAAAGAGCUUCUCGGGUGAGGCCCUUAAUCCCGUUCAAUCCCACCUCCUCCCCUCGUAUUACACAAGACCCCACACAUAUACAUAUAAAAUUAAUCAAGUGAUUAUUUAUGCCGACAGCAAUUUCGACAACCAAACAUGAGAUAAUGCAGGAUUAGGUGCAAUUAGUUCUAUACUAGGCAUGUAAUCCGCUAAUCAAACGAGAUCUAUUUAACGAGAAUGGUACAGGGACAGACUCCUCGUUAAUCGUCACCUCUAAGGAAUCAAUUGCCACAAAUCAAGAAGUUGAACUACCCAAGAUCUCUCGUGCAACGUUAUGCAUGCAGUAGUCCCUUGGCAUUCGUUCCAUCUUGUUCCUUUCACAAAUUUUCCAUGGUUUUUUUUAUCUUGCCCAUGUGCUCCAAUGUAGAUCCCCUCUCAAGUCUCAAACCAUUGUUUCGCUCAAUUUGGGUACUACCACUUGCAGCUAUGAUGAUAAGUUGUGUACUACUACGUCGAGUCACCGAAGCCUGAAGAAAAACGUCUUGGUUCAUCCAAACCGUCCCCACCGACCUACCUUAGUUUUCUCCUUCCAAUAUCCGUACUGAUUUCCGUUCCGGGCCUGCUUGGUUUUCUCCUUUUGUCCCCUUCAGCUUCUCCUAUAUAAGCUCUCUUUCCAACUGAGAAUGUCAUCCCAAGCAUACCUACAAGCAGCCAAUUCAGUCCUAUUGGAUCGGUGUUGUCUCUCUUUUUAGCUUCUUUUUGUAGUUUGUUGACAUUUACAGUUACAGGAUGGCAGAACCACACCAACAAGGCCACGGGAGCAAUACUACCUCAAAGCUUCCUGGAGAAACCAGAGAUUGUGGAAUAUUUGAUUGCUUCGGAAAGAAACAACAUAAACUAGAAGAGGAUUCAGUAAUGACAGACCAUGCUAAGGAGCCGAAACCUAACAAAAUGAAAGAGGACAAGCACACACUUAACAUAGAGCUCCACCGGUCUCGUAGCAACUCUAGCUCGUCCAGUUAUGAGGAGGCAGAGGGAGGUGAGAAGAAAAGAAAGAAGAAGCAAUUGAAAGAGAAGAUAAAGGAAAAGAUAACAAGUGAAAAGGAAGAGGGAGUCUCGGAGCAUGAAGAGGUAUCAAUUCCAUUUGAGAAAUGUGAUCAAUUAGGGAAUGCAGACCCAAUAGAGCAAGAGGAGAAGAAAGGUUUUCUGGAGAAGAUCAAAGAAAAACUUUCUGGCCAGCAUAAGAAAGCAGAAGAGGUUAGUCCUGCACCUCCACCUGAUCAGCGUGCUGCAGAUGGGAACUCCCCUGUUGGAGGCGAAGCCAAGGACAAAAGAGGAAUACUGGACAAAAUUAAGGAGAAGCUGCCCGGAUACAAUAAGAAUGACAGAGAUCAAAUGAAGGCAAAGGAGAAUUGAAGCCCAGAGUUUCUACUCAUGAACUUUGUCAUAGAGUAUUAAUCAUAGAUUGUGUUUGUUUCCUUUCUAUAAGUGCUUCACGUGCUUGUAUGAGUUUGAUUUGAUCACUUUCUUGUUUAUAUUGCUAUUUGUAUGAGUAAGAGUGUUUAUCUUGAGAGUUU